UAAAUUUACUCGGCCAUAAAACUCUUUGAAUAUCAUAUAUUUGCAAUCAACUCUGCUAAAACGAUAGGAAAUUCUUAAAGACGUCAUUUGUAUCUUUGGCAUCGAUUUUCAUGAUGAUUUAUUUUUUGAACAUUUAYGAUAAUCAUUUAUGAUUUUGAAUGAAGGUACUAACAUACAUGUAUCUACAUGUACUGUAUGAUUGAGACUUGAGGAAAUCUCUACUGGCCAGUGGCUUAUGUUACAUGUGAAGUUUUUGAUCCUGAAGUUUCGGAAAUUUCAGUGGCCCCAGUUAGUGGAAAUAUCUUUAGAUUGUAGACCUAGAAGCAAAAGAGGACUUCGACAAGAAGACCGGACUGACCAGAAGCUAUGAUAUAUAUCUACCAAUUACAGCAGAAGAGCAAGACAUACAUGUACAGUAUGCUGUAGUUAAAAAGGAACUAGCUUAUAGUUCAUACAAAGUCCAUAAAAAGCAAGCCAAUUAAUUAAUAUUUGGAUUUACUAAGUGUAAACAAUGGCAUAUUCAUCGAGAAAAAAGGAGGUUUUACCAUCUGGAAAAAUGAGAUCCAAAGCACCUAUUCAGAACCUCCAUAUGACUGAUGAAAAUAAAGAAAUGGUUCAAGAAAUGCUACAAGAUCUUCAAGUAGAAUCAAGUGCUGAUCAUUUUGAGUUUGAAGAUAUACGAAGAGAUGAAAGAUACUGGGGUAAGAUUGUUGACAAGAGACUUCAGAUACAAGACGUCAUAGCAUUUACAGAAAAGGAUGAUGAUAAAGAUGUUAGUGGUGAUGAAGUAAACCCUUUUGCAUUGAAAAAGUUAAUUCAGUGUGGCUUUGAGAAAAACAGAUGUUUGAAUUAUCUGGCAAAAUUUAAACAUGAUUUAGGGGUAGCACUUGAAAAUCUACUUCGUUCUUGCUGUGAAAUUGAAAAUAUAGGCUUAAAUAAUCCAGAGUAUGAUCCUCAAACUUUUGAAGAAGCUAAACAACAGCGUAGUGAAGAAGUCAUAGCUUUAAAAUCAAUAUAUGAAGAAAUAUUUUCUGAGGCAAUUCCUGAUAGACUGUGGACUUUAAAAAUCCCUGAUAUGCAAUUUUUGGAGAAAGAAUUUGAACCUUCAAAAGAAGUUCCAAGAAGAGAACAGAAGAAACCAAAGAAGAAUAAAACUUCACCCAAGAAUGUCUGUAAAUUUUUCCUCAAAGGAAAUUGUAGAUUUGGCCUAAAAUGUAAAAUGAGGCAUGUUGAUAUAGAAUCUGAAGAAUUACCUGAAGACAAGCAUUUGAUAGUACAAGAAAAAGAAGUAUUAUUUUACCUUGAAGUUAGGUUUCCAGAAGGAUCCCUUUAUCCCUUUGAACCACCUUUAGUAGCAUUUUACAAUACCAGUGAGGUCAUACCUCCUCAUGUUUCACUCAAUAUAACACUAAGACUGAGUGCUGAAGCAAAGACGCUAAGUGAGUCCACAGUUCCUAUUGUGUUUUCUCUAUUGAGCAUCCUUGAGGACAGGGAAGAGAUGUUACAGUGUGUCAAGAUGCCUCUCCCUGAGUUCAGUAAGCCGGAAAGAAAUAAAGCUACAGUAGAAAGUAAUAUUCUAGAAGAUGUAGUCAUGGACUUAGAUGAUAAAGAACCAGUACAGGAGUUUAAGAAAAAAGAUUCUAAGAAAGAAAUUGAAGGGAAAGAAAAGGAGAAUUUGAAUAGGAAGCUCAAGCAUCAGUUUGAAAAACAACAGAGUUCAUCUGCUUAUAAAACAAUGCUUGAAAAUCGUAUGAAGCUGCCUGCCUGGAAUUCCAAAGAAGACAUCAUCAAGAGUUUACAAAAUCACCAAGUAUUGGUAAUCAGUGGAAUGACAGGGUGUGGCAAGACCACACAGAUUCCUCAGUUCAUACUUGACGUACACCUCAAGUCAGGUCGAGGUUCAGACUGCAAUAUCAUCUGCACACAACCCCGACGAAUUUCUGCUUUGUCUGUAGCAGAGAGAGUAGCAACGGAAAGAGCAGAUAAGCUGGGUGAUAUGGUUGGAUACAAGAUAAGACUUGAGAGUAAACAGUCUUCUUCCACGAGACUGUUGUACUGUACUACAGGAAUCUUGUUGCGGUAUCUUGAAAAUGACUCCACCUUGAAAGGAAUCAGUCACGUGAUAGUAGACGAAGUACACGAGCGAACAGAGGAGAGUGACUUCUUAAUGAUGGUGUUGCGUGACCUACUCAUGGACAGGCGUGACCUCCGUGUUGUUCUCAUGAGUGCUACACUCAACUCCAAGCUCUUCUCCGCGUAUUUCUACGACGCCCCCGUUAUUCACAUUCCAGGACGGACAUUUCCUGUUCAAGAAUAUUAUAUGGAAGAUGCUUUGGAGAAAACAGGAUUUCUUCUUGAUCCGAGCUCACCAUACGCUCGACCAAUGAAACGAUCCAAAACAGUUUCCAAGGCAACCGAUGAGAGCUUCAAAGGAGCAGGCAGCUCUCAAGAACUCACUAAAAUGGCUGCGGAGAUGGCAGUCACGUGUAGAAUGCCAGGAGUAAACGUCUUAGACGAUAAGUUGAACGAAAGACAAAUCGAGAUGAGAUACCAAGGUUAUAGUAAAACUACGAUAUCAUCUUUGUACAACAUGGAUCACGAGAAGACCAACUAUGACAUCAUUGUCUCGAUACUUGAAUGGAUUGUCAGAGGAAAACGCGAACACCCCAAUAGUGGGGCCAUCCUGGUGUUUUUGUCUGGAAUGGCUGAAAUUACGACAUUGCUAGAACAGCUGAAUACCAAUAUACUCUUUAAAGAUAAGGGCAAGUUUCUUAUCCUUCCUCUGCAUUCAACGCUGUCCAGCGAAGAACAAGGACUCAUCUUUAAGAGGCCAAAGGAAGGAGUCACGAAAAUAGUUUUAUCGACAAAUAUCGCAGAGACGUCUGUUACCAUUGACGACAUUGUCUACGUCAUUGAUUGUGGGAAAAUGAAGGAAAAYAGAUAUGAUUCCAGUAAAGGAAUGGAGAGUCUCGAGGAGACCUGGGUUUCCCGCGCAAAUGCACGUCAGCGUCGCGGACGAGCCGGGAGAGUUACAUCCGGGGUUUGUUUUCAUUUAUUCACGAGUCAUCGCUACGAACACGUGAUGGCUGAGCACCAGAUACCUGAAAUAAUGCGAAUACCUUUAGAAAAACUUUGUUUGCGUAUCAAGAUUAUGACUUUGUUCUUUGGACGUGACGUAAAGCAAAUCCUGAACAAACUUUUGGAGCCCCCCGAAGAUAAAUCUAUCACAGAUGCGUUGGCUAGGUUACACAGCCUUGGUGCUCUUGACACUCAAGAGAAUCUGACGUCAUUGGGGUAUCACCUGGCAGCUUUACCUGUGGACGUAAGAAUUGGCAAGCUGAUGUUACUUGGAGCCAUAUUUUGCUGUGUUGAUCCAGUACUAACCAUCGCAGCUUCUCUCAGUUAUAAAUCUCCAUUUGUCGCACCAUUUGAUAAGCGUGAUGAAGCAGACAAAAAGAAGAAAGAGUUCAGUACUGGCUACAGUGAUCAUCUUACACUUUUAAAAGCUUACAAGAAGUGGCUUGAAGAGAUGGCUAGAGGCGCGAAGUUUGGUUAUCGCUUUUGUCAAGACAAUUUUCUUUCCAUGAAGACGUUACAGAUGAUAGCCAGUCUCAAGUGUCAGUUUGCCGAAUUACUUGCAGACAUUGGUUUUCUACAGACUAAAAUGACUUCAAGGCAAUUGGAAAGACUCUCGCCACGAACAGGAGAUGGAGUACUAAAUGGAACAGGUCCCGUGGUUAAUUCCAAUGCUGACAACUUGAAACUGUUGUUGGGAGUCCUGUGUGGUGCUCUGUAUCCUAAUGUAGUACAUAUAGUGAAACCUGCUACGAAGUAUAAAGCUUCCAGUGGAGGUGCUAUUCCGUUAGAGCCAAAGGCAAAUGAAAUAAAGUUCUGGACUAAAAACGAAGGCCAGGUCUUUAUACACCCCAAGUCUGUCAAUUUUGAUGUCAACUAUUUUGAAAGUCCUUAUCUGAUUUACCACGAGAAAGUCAAGACUUCAAAGGUGUUUAUCCGUGAUACAAGUAUGGUUUCUGUGUACGCGCUGUUACUAUUUUGCGGAGAUUCGUUGAGUCUAGACCUGGAGAAAGGUGCGUUGGUCAUCUCCAUCGAUGAUGGAUGGGUGCGCUUUACAGCAUCGUCACAGAAGGUAAGGCAAUGCUUUUCAUCAUGUUCACCUCUCGGGUCCUUCAGUCAAACAUGGGAGUUAAAGUGCACCCAAGAUAACCAACAGACAGAUUGUAAUAGUUUUUGGAACCUUCUCCCUUUCCUUCCUCAUUUUAUAUUGCCAUCCUACCAUCCCUUUCCCAUCCAUCUCAUCCUCCCAUUCGGUCCCUUCUCCCACUCUCUUUGGAUGAAGUAUAACCAGACUUACUUACUCAACAAUGACAGUCUAGCUUAUUAGGCGGGACGUCAAGUGUAUGGAAAAACGACUUCCGGGUCAAAACGAAGAGCCGAGUUCUAUAAAGAUGUUUCUUUGUCUUCUUUCUUCACCACAGGAUUUUUCGUCCAAAGUUCUAAUUGUCUUAGGUGGAGGAUAAAUAAGUGAGAACAUUUAUCGCAUUAUUUUGGCGGUUUUUGUGAGCAGUUUGACAAGGAAGUCUAAGAGGGACCAAAAAAAAAAAAUCAGUUUAUAACUUUUUUCUC